GGAACAGAUGCGGGCUAGUUCUAUUUGCUGACACAUCAGCUGUGAGGGCGGUCUGAACCGUCAGCGCUGACAUGAGCGCUAGGCUGCCCAGGGCGGAUUUGAUGUGCAUGCCUGUAUGUGCUUAUGUAUGCUGCUAUUAAGAUAUGUGGAUGCUGCAGAUGCUUUUGAUGAGGGUUGGGGGACGCUGUACCCUACGAGUUUAUGUAGGAUUCACCAUCAUCAACGGGUCACAUCCAUCAUCGUCUGUGACCCGUUAAUCCGCUUAUGGCGAGGACCCAAUCCACUAUGCCUGCAUCGCAUCUGGGAAGCAAAACAUAAUGGUGCCCACUUUCUUGCAACGAGGCUCAGGGCCUAGCUCGACGCCAUAAUGUCAAUCCGAGUCCGUGCACCGGC